CCUGCAUAAACUCGAGGUUUCUACUGGUCUGCUUGCGCAACCCCAGGCGGACUUCAUAUCUAUGUUCCAGCAGCUGAAGAAAAACCUUUUUAAAUUUGUGAAUAACGAGCUGAACAAGAUCCAGAAGGUUCUGUCUCCAGAUGACCCAGAAGGCUUAGAAGUUCUUAGGAAGGAUGAGGAUUGUUUAGAUGGUGUGAAUGAAGAACAGUGGAAGAGCAGCAGAGAUGCUCUUGUGAAGAUCACUCUGAACUUCUUGAGUGGGAUGAAGCAGGAGGAGCUGGCUGAACGUCUGCAGAAAAAUCUUAUUGCUGCAUCCUGUCAACAAAAACUAAAAUCUUCUCUGAAGAAGUUCCAGUAUCAGUCUGAGGGGAUCGCUAAAGCAGGAAGUCCAAGCCUUCUGAACCAGAUCUACACAGAGCUCUACAUCACAGAGGGAGGGACUGGAGAGGUCAAUGAGGAACAUGAGAUCAGACAGAUUGAAACAGCAUCCAGGAAACCAAACAGACCAGAAACAACAAUCAGACAAGAAGACCUCUUUAAAGUCCCACCUGGAAGAGAUCAACCAAUCAGAGCAGUGUUGACACAGGGAGUGGCUGGCAUUGGGAAAACAGUCUUAACACAGAAGUUCACUCUGGACUGGGCUGAAGGCAAAGCCCACCAGAACAUCCAGUUCAUAUUUCCAUUCACCUUCAGAGAGCUGAAUGUGCUGAAAGAGAAAAAGUUCAGCUUGGUGGAACUUGUUCAUCACUUCUUCACUGAAACCAAAGAAAUCAGCAGCUUUGAAGAUUAUCAGGUUCUGAUCAUCUUGGACGGUCUGGAUGAGAGUCGACUUCCUCUGGACUUCACCAACAAGGAGAUCCUGACUGAUGUUACAGAGUCCACCUCAGUGGAUGUUCUGCUGACGAACCUCAUCAGGGGGAAACUGCUUCCCUCUGCUCUCCUCUGGAUAACCACACGACCUGCAGCAGCCAAUCAGAUCCCUCCUCAGUGUGUUGACAUGGUGACAGAGGUCAGAGGGUUCACUAACCGACAGAAGGUGGAGUACUUCAGGAAGAGAUUCAGGGACAGAAAACGGGUCAGAAGGAUCAUCUCCCACAUCAAGACAUCUAGAAGUCUCCACAUCAUGUGUCGCAUCCCAGUCUUCUGCUGGAUCUCUGCUACGGUUCUGGAGGAUCUGUUAAAGACACAGAACCAAGGAGAGCUUCCCAACACCCUGACUGAGAUGUACAUCCACUUCCUGGUGGUUCAGACCAAAGUGAAGAAGGUUACGUAUGAUGGAGGAGCUGAAACGGAUCAACUCUGGAGUCCAGAGAGCAGGAAGAUGAUCGAGUCUCUGGGAAAACUGGCUUUUGAUCAGCUGCAGAAAGGAAACCUGAUCUUCUAUGAAUCAGACCUGACAGAGUGUGGCAUCGAUAUCAGAGCAGCCUCAGUUUACUCAGGGGUGUUCACACAGAUCUUUAAAGAGGAGAGAGGGCUGUACCAGGAGAAGGUGUUCUGCUUCGUCCAUCUGAGUGUUCAGGAGUUUCUGGCUGCUCUUCAUGUCCAUCUGACCUUCAUCAAGGAUGGAGUCAACCUGUUGGUAGAACCAAGAUCUGUUGACAAGUCAACACGUUUUUAUCAGAGUGCUGUGGACCAAGCCUUAAAAAGUCCAAAUGGAAACCUGGAUGUGUUCCUCCGCUUUCUUUUGGGUCUCUCCCUGGAGACCAACCAGAGACUACUAAAAGGUCUGCUGACACAGACAGGAAGUAGCUCACUGACCAAUCAGGGAAUACUUCAGUACAUCAAGAAGAAGAUCAAUGAGAAUCUGUCUGCAGAAAAAAGCAUCAACCUGUUCCACUGUCUGAAUGAACUGAAUGAUCGUUCUCUGGUCCAGGAGAUCCAACAGUCUCUGAGAUCAGGAAGUCUUUCCACAGAUAAACUGUCUCCUGCUCAGUGGUCAGCUCUGGUGUCCAUCUUAAUCACAUCAGGAGAAGAUCUGGAUGUGUUUGACCUCAAGAAAUACUCUGCUUCAGAGGAGGCUUUUCGCAUGCUGCUACCAGUGGUCAAAAUGGCCAGUAAAGUGCAGUUGAGUGGCUGUAACCUCUCAGAAAGAAGUUGUAAAGUUUCAAUGUCAGUUCUACGGUGCCAACUUUCUAAUCUGGUACAUCUGGACCUGAGUAACAACGACCUACACGAUUCAGGGGUGAAACUCUUGUCUUUUGGGCUGUUGGGUCCACAGUGCAGACUGGAAACUCUUGGAUUGUCAGGAUGUCUGAUCACAGAGGAAGGCUGUGCUUGUCUUGCAUCAGUUCUAAAAGCCAAUCCUUCUCCUCUGAAACACCUGGACCUGAGCUACAAUCACCCUGGAGAGAGAGGAUUUAGGAGCCUAUCAUCCAUAAAAAACCACAGUGAAAUACUCUACUCUCAUUUCAGAUUGGAACCUGCUGGUGUUCAGUGGUUGAAACCAGGGCUGAGAAAAUAUUCCUGUCAGCUCACCAUCGACACAAACACUGUGAACAAACACCUCAAACUGUCUGAAGACAACAGGAAGGUGACACGUGUGUGGGAGGCUUGUAUGUAUCCUGAUCAUCCAGACAGAUUUGACGUCAGUCCUCAGCUUCUGUGUGAGACUCCUCUGACUGGUCGCUGUUACUGGGAGGUAGAGUUGAGAGGAGACGUCAGCCUUGGUGUAGCUGGAAAAAGAAUCGGAAGAAAAGGAAAUGAUGAGAGCUGUGUGUUUGGAGAGAACGAUCUGUCAUGGUGUCUGAACUGCUCAGAGGAAGGUUAUUCUGUCUGUUCAAAUGACAUAGUGACUCCCCUCUCCUACUGUUCCAACUCCUGCCUCAUGUCUGACAAAGUGGGGGUCUAUGUGGAUUAUCCUGCUGGUACUUUGUCCUUCUACAGAGUCUCUUCUGACUCUCCGAUUCACAUUUACACCUUCAGCACCACAUUCACCGAGCCUCUGUUUGCUGGCUUUAGGCUCAGCCAUCAAUUUAAGCCAGGGUUUAAAUCCGUUUCCUCAGUCUCCUUGUGUUGAGUAUAAAGGCAAUCCAGCAUUAUUGAUAACUACUAUAAAAUACCUGGCAGGAAUUUUGUUCUUCACGUUCUUCUUUGUAAAUAAAUGAAGCAGAGUUUCAGAAUGCUGAAACACAGACUUCUUCCUGCUCUGAUCUGCUCUGCAUUUAAGCAGGACUCUGCAUCAGCCACAGCUUGGAGGGUCUGACUUUUUAUUUAUGAAUAAUAACUAACAAAAAUACAGAGGAGGAACUUCC